CCGAAACUCUCAGGGGGGCUAUUGCUACAGUCACUCCAAGACGUUUCUUUCAAGUAAGCCAUUGUCACUGUCGUCGAUGCUCAGCUGGCUGAUGGAUGGUGUUACUCCAUUUCAAGAAAGACCCCAGUCUAGAUCGGGUGUCCAAGCGGGAGAACAUUUUGAACACUCUUCAGAACCUCAAGUUCAGGGAUCCAUCCGCGGGUCAAUAUGGUAUCAUACGCAUUGUAUGCGGCUUUCCGGUCAAGGUGGAUCUUGCCAAAGCUUUUCCUCAGGCCCAAACGACAGACAAAGACAAACGACAACGAGUGUCAACCCAGGACCCGGACGAGGGCGAUAAUCAUCUAUUGGGAAAAUUGAGGAUUAGUCUGUUGAUUUCAACGACGAAGAACGAGCAUCCCACAGAUAUUCUUGAUGUCAUCAGGGACAGGGCGGUCGAUGCCAAGAACGACGGAUUGAGUUAUUUUGACGAGAAUGAUCCUGCUGUCUUGGGAAUUGACCAAAGGGGAAAUGCUGCCAGCGUCAGCGACACAGUUGUGGACUCUGUAGAAAUCGAGUUCUCGUCUACUGGCUCAAAGCGCAAACGCAAUGAGCUGUAAAAGGCUGUGGAUCGUUGUUCGUUAUUUUCAGCCGCUGAAAAGCCCAAACCAGUGUUCGAGUUCAACUUCAAGCUCAAGCUUGAAGCACGGAGGACUAAGCAUACUUUACGCUAUUAUUACUUCUUGUUCGUCUAUACUUAGAAGCGGAGUCUGGUGUUUUUGUAGCAUGGAUUUUGACGAAGAUACUUCUUGAAGCCGGUUUCCUGAGGAGUCGGUAUGAAUUAAUACUUUUGCUUGUCAGUUAUGUACAGUACAUUGAUGCAUCGACGUGUUGGUU